AUGCUCCAUGGUCUUGGUCAAAAGUUGGUUCAAUUCCUUGCAUGGCCUCCCAACUCCACCUUCGCACUGGAAGCACUUGAGGACUUCUGCGCUGCGCAAAGCAUGCACAGAGAAUCAGUGCUUGCUCUCUGCACUGCUAUCGUCCUCUCGCAGUAUCCAGACAAGAUAAUCAAGCUUCCAAAGUACUCUUUGCCGACUACCAAGUUCACUAAGGGGCCAUCUCGAAACGACAAGUUUGAUCUUUUCGUGGACAAAUAUAUCACCCUCAGUUGCGCCGAGGAAGGCAUAGAAUCGAUUUUGUGCAGUGCCUUUCUGAAUCCCGGAGUGCCAUGCAAUCUUCUUGGAGCAUAUCUUCUGGGAGCUCGUCAGGCACUGUCAGAAUGCGGAAACAUGAAGUCUAUGAAGUCCCUAGAAGAAUUCAUGAUUCAGAAGAGACCUACCAUAGCGCCACUCUGGUCGGCUGCUCUCUGGUGUGGUUACGCCGAGCACAUCUUCAGCGAUGCUGUUCUGGGCUAUUCAUCGGUUAGCCUCCCGGUUUCCACUUGGACUGGGAUCCCGCAGUCAUUUAUUCAGUACGACUAUAUUUCCAGCGGACCGGCAGGGUUGAUCCCACGAGCUAACGAAUAUCGCAUGACAUAUUUGGUGAACCCACUGGCACCCCCGCCGAACACUCCCUGUCCCCCGUUUGGAUAUGCGAGGGAGAGAAAUCUCAGUCUGGAUGUGAGAACCCAUCUGGGUCACGAUCACCAUCUUCAGAGUUACAAACUGUUCUGGGUUACGGAGGAGAGCGAAGAUAUUCUUGCACAGUCUCUUCCACAUCUACGGCGGAGCGCCAGGCUGCAAGACUACUGGGAUCUACCCUUAGUAAAGCCUACGCUCUUCCGAGCUGAGUAA